GUAGUACGUACAAUGACCAUGUCCGUGGGCAUAUGGCGUAUCGCAAGGUAUCAGAGGUUACAUCAAAACAGCGGUCAUGACACCUGUAACUUGUGAUUACUCUCAGGUUUCUCUCUACAAAUGCACAGUGUACGCGUAUUAUAAUUAACGUAACGACGGUAAGCUUCGUACAUGUUAAUGUAGCGAUGCUUGCAUAAUUGAUGUUAGCGAAUAUUACAUUGAAACCGCGAGCUUUUCGAGAUGUCGCGCACGAAAACGGAGAGAAACGGGAACGGAGCCAAAUGCGAGGUUAGCGUAUGGACACGUGCGAUUACGGCCAACUCCGAGUGGCCGGAUAAGGAGGAAUUUCUCGAUGUAAUAUAUUGGGCAAGACAAGCGAUCGGUAUUAUCGUUGGUAUCGGUUGGGGCCUUAUACCUCUAAAAGGUUUCAUAGCUCUAUUGUUAUUCGUAGUAGUCAAUGCAGGAAUUACAUAUUUAUAUUUUAGCAGUUUCCAACAAAUUGACGAGGAAGAAUAUGGUGGUAUGUGGGAAUUGACAAAGGAAGGAUUUAUGACUUCAUUUGCUGGUUUUCUGGUAACCUGGAUUAUUAUAUACUCAGGAUUGCAUUUUGAUUAAUUUACAUAACAAAUUAUGAAUAAAAAGCAAUAGCUUUUUCAUAUGGAUCAUCGCCGCUGCCAAAUUCAUUAUAUGUAUGCAAUAGUCAUUUCCUCGCAAUAGAUAUUGUAUACUGACAUCUCGUAUAUUGUUACAUAUUGUUACAUAUAAAUAUGAUUUAUCUACAUAAAAACAGGAUCUCCU